AUGAGUAAAUUAAAGGCAGUCAUUGCAUGGGAAUAUUCACAAAAAUCCAAACCUGUUAAAUUGUUUCCACCUAAUUUUUCAGAAGAAAAAUUUGAGGACCUAACUAUGAAUGAAGAUUUGGAUGAUGAGUUGCCAGAUUCAGAUUCCUUAAAAGAAAGGUUUGGAGAAUUUUUAGAUGUGUGGGUAGAGAUAGCAGCAAAGGAGGUUGAGGAAAUUAAUGAGAGGAAUGAUGACGAUGAUAAUGAGAUACUUUCUAAAAUUGAGAACAUGAUUCAUCCGGCUAUAAAUCCUGCUGCUAA